AUGUCUGGCAACCGUGAAUAUUUGACAAUCGCAUUAAAGCUCCGCUUUGGCAACAUCGACAGAAAAACACUGGCCAAACUAUUAUUGAUUUGGUUUGGGAGUAAUCAAAAUUUAAAACUAAUAUGGAAUCAAAAAAACUUGAAGAGGGUCAAGAAUUGAUUCGACAAGCAGAGAAAAGCUUGAAAGUUGGAUUACUAAAAUGGAGGCCCGACUAUGACGUAGCUGCAGACGAAUACACAAAAGCAGCUACCGCUUUUCGUAUAGCCAAGGCCUAUGAUAAAAGUAAAGAGUGUUUAUUAAAAGCUAUCGAAUGUCACAAAAACAAUCGUUCGUGGUUUCACGCUGCAAAAUGCUACGAGCAGAUUAUUCUCAUAUUAAAAGAAACGAACUGCUUACCGGAAAUAGAAGAAAACGUGAAUAAGGCCUGUAACUUAUACCAGCAACAUGGAUCACCUGAAGCAGCUGCAACGGCUUUAGACAAAGCCGCAAAAAUUGUAGAACAAAAGCAUCCCGAAUUAGCUCUAACAUUCUAUAAACAUGCUCUGGAAGUUGUUAUGUUAGAUGAUUCCACACGCCAUGCUGCUGAAUAUGCAUCGAAAAUUUCAAGAAUUUUAGUAAAAUUGCAAAGGUAUGAUCAAGCUGCAGAUGCAAUAAGACGUGAGAUUGGUUUAAAUCAACAAACCGAGUCUUAUGGACAAAUCGGGCGUUUAGCGGUAGCACUUGUUUUAGUUCAGCUUGGCCGAGGUGAUUUUGUGGCAGCUGAAAAAGCUUUUAAAGAAUGGGGAAAUUGUUGUGAUUCAGAGGAAGUUCAAACACUAGAACUGCUUUUGCAAGCUUUUGAUGACGAGGACCCUGAUUCAGCCAAACGGGCUUUAGCAGCUCCUUUUAUUCGCCAUAUGGAUGUGGAAUACAGUAUUCUCGCUAGGGACAUUCCAUUACCACAUGGUUUGUCAACCGCUCCAAAAGCUGAUGUGAUCAAAGACGCCGCUCCUUCCUAUAUGUCGCCAAAUACAGAGAUAUCUGAUGAUGGUUCAAAUAAAGCUGAUGUACCUGUCGAUGACGAAGAAGAGGAUGAAGGAUUGUGUUAGUCAAUAUUAACUAGUUAUAUUUCUAAAGCUAAUAUUCGUUUUGGUAUUUAAUAAGGUUAAUAAAAGUUUACUCCCUUAAGAGAUGUGUC